CUGUCCGUCACCUUUUUCAUAGCUCCGAGUGGCACGGACGUCUUUUCCAUUCACUCCGUGCGUGUACAAUUUCCCGUUUUCCUGGAGAGAAAUGACUGCCUAUAUUGAAAUAAUAAAAAAGGAUUUUCCGGCAAUCGAUGAGAGCGUCAGCGAGUACAUCAAAGGUGUCCUCUGCGGGGAUGUGGACGACUUCCAGACUUGCGACGACAUCUACGAUGCCAUCGGCGACAUCCUGUUGGGCAUCGGCUCGGAUAUGUCCGAGGAGGGAGUCAGGGACACCUGCGAGGAACUGUUCAAAGUCAUGAAGCCGAAGGAGAAAACCCUGCAGAAGAUGCUGCACGCCCCGGUCAACAUCGCCGAGAUGGCCGCUGACAUGGAAAACAACAUCAGCGACAUGAAGAGCAUUUGGGUAAUCAACAGGGACCUUUCGAAUAAAGUCGACUCCAAAAAACUGGAAAAGGCCGAAGCGAAACUGCAGCAGAAACAAGAGAAACGCCAGGAUGUCGUGAAAGGACCCGCGGCGGUGGCUGGCAAAGUGCAAACCGCCACUGCAUCUCAGGUUUUCAAUAAAAAGGACAGUAAAAUGGAGUCGAAGGGCAUAAACCGCAGCAUGGACAUCCGCAUCGAGAACUUUGAUCUGGCGUUCGGCGAGAAAGUUCUCCUGCAAAACGCCGAGCUCGUCUUAGCGAAUGGGCGACGAUACGGGCUGGUGGGCAGGAACGGUCUGGGAAAGAGUACUUUGCUACGGAUGAUAUCGGAGAAACAAUUGAAGAUUCCGAGCCACAUUUCAAUUCUUCACGUGGAGCAGGAAGUCGUCGGUGAUGAUACUUCCGCCUUGGACAGCGUGUUAGAGUGCGACACGGCACGGACGCAACUUCUGCAAAAGGAGAAGGACUGUCUCAAGCAAAUUGCGGAUGGUGUAUCGAAUCUCGCGAUAAAUGACGAACUGGCCAAGAUCUACGCCGAAUUGCAGAACAUUGAAGCAGACAAAGCUGUUGCCAAGGCGUCAAUAAUCUUGAGGGGGUUGGGCUUCACUGCGGAAAUGCAAAAACGACCGACGAAAUCAUUCUCAGGUGGCUGGCGGAUGCGCUUGGCACUCGCUCGUGCGUUGUUCUCCAAACCUGAUCUGCUAUUGUUGGACGAACCGACAAACAUGUUGGACAUAAAAGCCAUCAUUUGGCUGGAGAACUAUCUACAAAACUGGCCGACCACUCUGCUGGUUGUCUCUCACGACCGGAACUUCUUGGACACAGUGCCUACCGAUAUUAUCUACUUACAUUCUCAGCGACUGGACACCUACAAGGGCAACUAUGAGCAGUUCUUCAAGACCAAAACGGAGAAACUCAAGGCACAACGGCGAGAGUACGAGGCACAAAUGGCGCACAGAGCCCACGUGCAGGAGUUUAUAGAUCGCUUCCGGUAUAACGCGAAUCGUGCGUCCAGUGUCCAAUCUAAAAUCAAAAUGUUAGAGAAAUUACCCGAAUUGAAGCCAGUAGAAAAGGAAAUCGAGGUUAAAUUGAAAUUCCCAGAAGUGGAGCCCCUGAAUCCCCCCGUCAUGGCGCUCAACGAGAUCGCCUUCAGAUAUAGUGAAACCAGUCCGCGAAUUUUCCACAACGUCUCAUUAUCCGCCAAUUCCGAUUCACGCAUUUGUAUUGUAGGUGAAAAUGGUGCUGGUAAAUCAACCCUGCUUAAGAUCGUGAUAGGACAAUUGACACCGACUUCAGGUAUUAUCACAACACACCGAGCGCUUCGGAUAGGCUACUUCGCACAACACCACGUCGACCACUUGGAGAUGAACGUGACGUGCAUUGGCUUAUUAGAAAAUGAGUUUCCAGGCAAACCGACAGAGGAGUACCGGCGACAACUCGGAAGCUUCGGAAUCUCCGGGGAUCUGGCCUUGCAGUUGGUGUCCAGUCUGUCAGGAGGACAGAAAUCCAGAUUGGCGUUCGCUAAAAUGUGCAUGGCCCAACCCAACUUUAUCAUUCUCGAUGAACCUACGAAUCAUUUGGACAUAGAAACCAUAGACGCGCUGGGCAAUGCUGUCAAGAAUUUCAAGGGCGGUGUUAUUGUAGUAUCUCACGACGAACGUCUAAUCCAUAUGAUCUGCAAGGAAUUGUGGGUUUGCGGCGACGGCACUGUGAAGUCUCUGGAUGGCGGCAUCGAGGAGUAUAAGAAGCAAGUAUUGAAGGAAAUGGAGGACAUGUAGUCAGCUUUAAUAUUGGAGACAUGCAAAAACAAAUGUUUUAAAUAAAUUAUUUCCAAAAUUGA